AAUCGCACAUUUUCAAGCGCGUGGUCGUUUCACCGAGGACAAACAGCGGUUUGGACGAGCAGCGCCUCCCCGAUCAAUGCUAGUUGAUAUUUAACCGUUUGCUGAGCAACUGCCAAUUUUUUGCUCUCAGGGAAUUCAGCCAUUCACCGCACAGAAGGUUCUCCUUGUUUUAGACAAGCCAGGAGGGUUUCUUUGUCAUUUAAAAAAAAAGUUACUUUUCUUGGAUAUGGACCUCUGCCUGACACUCCUGUUAAUUUGUCUCUGCAGUCUAGGAACUACUAAUGCUGAAGUGGCAGAAGAUCAGUCCAUCCCCCUAAUUCCUCUAAACCCCAGUCAACCCAUAGAAGAAGGUGAAAGCCAGGGGACACCGGAGGCAACAACUCUAAACGAAACAACUGUUACUGCGACGUCGGCAAACAAGACGUCGCCAGAUGAAGAAAAGGGAGACAGUUGUCAGGCUAUCAGCCGACGCCCUGACACCAAACAAACUAUCACUGCUGCAAUUCAGAGACUGGGGGUGAAGCUCUUACAAAACCUGGAGACGACACCAGAGCAGCCAAAUGUCAUCAUUUCUCCUCUAAGCAUAUCUCUGGCCCUCUCGCAACUGGCUUUAGGUGCGAAAAACGAGACGGAAGAGCUGCUGAUGUACCACCUGCAUGAAAACACCGUGCCGUGUUACCACGAGUCUCUGCGACACGUCUUAACGCAGCUGAGAAACAGCGACGUGCAAAUUGCCACGCGCAUGUUUCUGCGUCAAGGGUUCAAGGGAAAGGAGGAGUUUGUGAGCGAGUCGCUGCGGUUUUACGACUCGGAACCAGCAAUAGUGGAAAGCCUUCAGCAAAUAAAUGAGUGGGUAGAGAAUGCAACAGAGGGGAAAAUGAUGGACUUCCUGUCUUCUUUGCCACCCAAUCUACUUCUCAUGCUCAUCAAUGCCGUUUACUUCAAAGGAGAAUGGAAAGCUCGAUUUGACCCGAACUUCACCUCCAAAGGCGUCUUUUACCUUGAUGAUUUGCACCUGGUGGAUGUUGACAUGAUGGACGAUGCCAAACAUCAGCUGAGUUUCUUCAUGGACAGUGAGCUGGAGGCUCAGGUGGCAAGAUUCCCAUUCACAAAGGACAUGAGUUUGCUGGUUAUCAUGCCUGAGUCGGGGAAAGUGAACGUGUCUUUAUUUUCCUCGAACCUAAAUAUCUCCAACUUGUAUGAACGUCUACCCAAAGAGAGGGCUGUCCAAGUUAAAGUUCCCAAAUUCAAGCUGGAAUAUUCUCAGGAGUUGCAGGAAGUUCUUACCAAACUAGGUCUUGGGGAGAUGUUCCUGAAUCCCAAUUUGGGUGGGAUUGCUGACGGCCCCCUGCUGGUGUCCAGUGUAAUGCACAAGUCUGGCAUGGAGAUAAAUGAGGACGGGGCGAGGGCUGCCGCAGCCACAACGACCGUCAUCUCGAGGGCAUCCAAUCCUAUUUUUCACCUCAGUCAGCCUUUCUUCUUUGUGCUAAUGGAUGAUGUAACUCUCAUACCAAUCUUCAUGGGUGUCAUCAAUAACCCCAAUCCCGGAGCCCCUGUCCUGCAGAGGGGGGAUGUUGGAAGUAAAGAUAAAGUAGGAUUCCCAAUUGACAAGAAUCACAUGGGCUCAUUUGAAUUUAAUCCUAAAUAGAGACUAAAAUCAUUUGCCCCCACCAAGAAAACUCAAACCAGUUAGAUAAUUGCCUCUGUCUGCAGUAUUACUUUUCUGAAACAAAGUAACUUGCCCAAACUCAUGCACCCAGACAUGCAGGUCAACUGCUACCCUGGUGCUCAAUUCAAUGUCGCCAGUCACAUCCUGAAACAAGCUAGAGCCUCCAAUGAUGCCAAAAAAGUCCAGCUUUCCUUUGGCAUCAACAACAAGGAUUACAGGGACCAAAAAUUCAAAAACUGCUCACCACGCUCCUGAACGCGGCUCAGGACACCUUCCCUUACGCAGACAUUCAUGUGGCGCUCCUAAACUUUUCAGACCGUUUAAACUUUCCACAGAAGCAAAACCUUAGCAUGAUUAGCUAAACCAUCAAUUCUGUCUGCCAAAAAUGUAACCACCACCUCAUCCCUAAACUCCAGGACUCUUGCUUCCACACGGUGGAAAAUAGGAUAACCCUGACCCUUGGGCCAAUCCCAAGGAAUUUGAAAAAUGUAAGUAAAUACACGAUGGAGUGUCAUAUUAUGCUGAGGUUUUCCUUUCAUACCACUUGGACUCUUUAUGAUGUCAACAUGUCUGCACUGCAAAAACCAAAAAAUCCUACCAAUAUCUUAGUGAUAUUUUUAGUCCAAAUAUUUCAGUACAGUUGAAAUAAGAUUAAAACUAACUUACAAGUAACUUUUCACAGAGUCAUAGGAGUUUGGAUUGAGUCAGUAAUUCCUUAAUAUUGAUGAAAACCAGUACCAGAUUAUUUCUGCUUCUGGAUCAGAAAUAAUCUGCUCCAAUAGCAGAUUAUUUCAGUUUUACCAAGACAUUUUCCCUUGUUAUGAGUGAAAUAAUCUGCCAGUGAAACUGGCAUCUUUCCAUCAGAAUUUUUGAUGGAAAGGAUGAAAUGUUACCAAGUUAUUUUUUAAAAUCUUAUUUCAUGUGUACUAAGAUAUUUGCACUGAAAACUGGAAAAAAAAAAAAAACUUUAAGAUUUUGUGUUUUAGCAGUGCAGCAAAUUUUAAA